AUGGCCGAAGGACGAAAUCAUCGCAUCGACCACGCGCUCUCUUCGCUUAUCGAAACAUUUUUGCGCGCUGGCCCAGAUGAGGACCAGGAGGCCUACCACGAGAGACAUGAUGCUGCGUUGGACAGAGCACAGCAGAUUAUCGAUAGCCAGGGAAAACCGAGUGUCGUGAUGGAUGUGCAACAUAUUGUUGAUUGUAUUAAGAAUAAACUCGUUAGAGAUCAUAAAUCGCCCGAUCCAGCAUUACGGUUUUCACAUCUGUGCACCAAACUUCUAAACCAACGGGUCCUCUCACAAAAAUGGGCUGUUCUCUACCUACUCCAUGAGCUUGCCGAUUCGCCACAAUCUGCCGCCCCCGUAGGUGAUCAAACCUUUGUCAUGGCUCCUAGCGCAGGAAACGCAGUGUUUUCAGAAGCCUUCAGCUAUAUGGGGUUACACAGAUUACCAGGACGUGAAAAGGCUCGAGGGCCUGGGGGUGGUGGUUUAGUGGGCGGAGAUCUUGGAGGACAAUGGGGAAGUCUAGGAACUGGAGCUGACGAGGGGGCAAUGAGGACCAAAGCGGAGUUAUUAGCAGAGAGGGAUGAUGGAAUUGAACCGAGUGAGCAGACUCUUCUUUCAUGCUUACCGUUUACACUUCUUGGUCUUUCAUCAACCUCACUGCCGUUUAACCCGGCAACUCUCCCACCGAACGCGAAAGAUACCACAAUGCAGAAGUUUGUGAUAUCUAUCCCGCCAAGCUUGCCGUUACCUCUAGUAUCCUUGCUACACACACUGGCGGAACCGUCGCUAUUAUAUAGAUCACUCAAUGAGUUUGUUGAGUCCUCAUUCGAGGGCGAAGUUCAUGGAGGGCUAGUUGGGCAAUCUCUCAAAUCUGCCAUGGGUUUAGAGCUUAGGGGAUAUAUUAACCUCAUUGGCGGGCUAGAAAGUGAGAUCCGAAGGGCAGUUGCAACAUCCGAUACCAACAAAGGAGUGAGAGCGGCAGGGGUCACUCUGAAAAGGUGUGUGGUCUGGACAAGAGAGGCGACUAUGGGGCUGAGAUUGAUGAGCUUGAUUGUUGAGCAAACGAAAGAUAAAAAGGGUGGACAACUUAUUUCCACCAUUCACACAUUUGCAUCAUCACAUGGUGACCCUUUUGUACAUUCAUUUGCUGAACGUUUGUUGAGCCACGUUACUCGUCCUUUCUAUGAUAUGCUCCGACACUGGAUCUACGAUGGCGAACUUACCGAUCCUUACCUGGAGUUCUUUGUUAUUGAACAAAACCCGAGUAUCCCUGAUAUGGGCGGUGCCAAAGUUGGUGCCUCUUCCGUAUGGGAGGAUAAGUACACUAUACACUCACCGCAAGUUCCAACAAUAAUCACAGAGUCCUUCGCAAAAAAGGUAUUCCUCAUCGGAAAAUCACUCAACUUUAUUCGUCAUGGCUGUAGCGACGCAGAGUGGGUGAUGAGCUACUCAAAAUCCACCUCUAAAGAGCUUACGUAUGGAGAUACUGCCCGCUUAGAGAUGAGCAUCGACGAGGCCUACAAAACCACCAUGGCCAGAUUAAUUGAACUCAUGUCAACUAAAUUCAAAUUAUUUGAUCAUCUUCGUGCUCUUAAGAAGUUCUUAUUGCUAGGACAAGGGGACUUUAUUGCGCUACUCAUGGAAGGACUAUCAGGGAGUUUAGAAAGACCUGCAAACGCUCUCUACCGUCACAAUCUUACUGCACAAUUGGAGCACGCGAUCCGUGGGUCCAAUGCACAAUUUGAGUCGCAAGACGUUCUGAGGAGGUUGGACGCGAGGAUGUUGGAACUGAGUCAUGGAGAGAUUGGAUGGGAUGUUUUCACGCUGGAGUACAAAAUUGAUGCACCGGUGGACGUUGUUGUCACUCCAUAUGGCAGCAGGCAAUAUUUGAAGGUCUUUAAUUUUCUGUGGAGAGUGAAGAGGGUCGAGUUUGCAUUGGGGAGCUCUUGGAGGCGCUUCAUGACAGGAGCACGUGGUGUGUUAAAAGCAGUUGAUGACAUAGUUGGCGCAGAUUGGAAAAGAGCUAGAUGCGUGGUUGCAGAGAUGGUUCACUUUGUGAACCAACUACAAUACUACAUCCUAUUUGAGGUCAUUGAAUCAUCGUGGGAUGCACUGGAGAGGGCUAUAUCCAAACCAGACGCCACACUUGACGAUCUCAUUGAAGCACAUGCAAAAUACCUUCAGCAUAUUACUCAUAAAGGACUUUUAGGGAGUACCAGUGCUAGAAGCAGCGGCAAGAAAAGAGCUGGAGAUACAGCAGAUGAUACAUUCAUGAAUCAGUUACAUGAAAUACUAAAAAUCAUGCUGGCAUAUAAAGAUGCUGUUGAUGGACUCUAUGGCUAUAGUGUUGCUGAGUUCACACGGAGACAGGAGCGAGGUGCACGAAUUGAGGCAAGAACGAAAAAAGGGCAAUGGGGAAUAAGAGAAACCGACGAGGACGGGGAUCAUGCAGGUAUACCGGGCGGAUGGGGCAGCGGCCAUAACGAGGACAUGAUGUUGCCAAGCCUGCGGACAAGAUUGACGAGUCUUUCAGAGGACUUCCAAUCAAAAGUCGUUGUUCUAUUGGGUGAUUUGGCUUAUCAGAGUGACAUGGAUAUGAGAUUACUUGGCGUUCUGUUGAGUUUCAAUGAAUAUUAUCCGGUUGUUAAUAAGAGAAGGACCAGAGAUAAAAGGGGGGCAUCCAGGGUCCAAGAUGGGUCAAAAACCAGUGAUUCUGGUGUUGGGGAUGAUACGCAGGCAUGA